UGGAUGUUUUGUUUUUGAUAUUUCAAAGCUUCUCAUGAAUACAUCCCGUUCCUGACACUGGGGUGAUCCAGUGGCUAUCCGGGGGACUACAGGAGACAACCGGCCCGCCAUCGGAGUCGGACUCCUAACGCCAGGCUACCUCACCGCGGUUUAAUUAUCUGUUUAUAUUCCUCACGAGUUCCUUAUGUUACUUUGAGGUAUUGUACUAUUAUAUAGAUAAAUAUAGACUAAACCACAGGUAAACUCCCGAUAUAGUAACCAUCACGUCACGAUCUUUCCAGAAACACACACGGGACUCUCGACGCAGUAAAUUUGCCGAGCUUUGACACUGAAAGUUAAACCCUUUUUUUCAAACCCAUUACGGUACCCUAGAGACAUAAUGAAGUGUGUAAUAGCAGGAGGCAACGUGAAAGUCUUUGGGAAAACAAUUCAUGCCCUUGCCCGGAUUGGUGAGGAACUGUGGCUGGACCCGUUGGAAAAAGGACUGGCGGUGAGGUCAGUGAAUUCCUCCCACUCCGCGUACGGCUGUUUCCUGUUUUCCCCUCUCUUCUUCCAGCACUACAGCCGCGGGGCGCAGACGCCAUCGGCUGCAAAAGAUGAGAAGCCAUUUCUGAAGUGCAAACUGAGCACAAAGACAGUACUGCCUAUCUUCCGGUGCUUGGCCACCAUCGAAAGAAAUGUGGAGAGGUGCAACAUUUCCAUUAACUGUCCUGGCACCCGAGUGAUGUUCCAGUUUUUCUGCAAGCAUGGUAUUACCAAAACUUACAAUCUGGGUUACCAGGAGUGCGAGUCUCUUCAGGCUGUGUUUCCCACGCAUCUCUGUCCGAAUGUGCUGAAGGCACAGUCCAGACUUCUUGGUGGCAUUGUGACGCAUUUUCCAGUUUCUCAAGAAGAAAUUACUUUGACGGUGACUGCCGAGAAGGUGAACGUCAAAAAUUACUAUGAAGAGGAGAUGGACAGACUCAAGGUGAUGCACACCGAAGUGUCUCUUCACCCAGAUGAGUUUGACUACUUCCAGGUCAGCAUGGACUCAGAAAUAACCUUUUGCCUGAAGGAGCUGAGGGGCUUGCUGGCAUUUGCAGAGUCCCAUGCCUUAUCCGUGUCCAUCCACUUUGGAACAUCGGGAAAACCCGUGGCCUUCAGAAUUGAGGACAUGGUGCUGGAGGCGACCGUGGUGCUGGCAACUCUGACCGAUGCCAGGAGCAGAACUGGCUCCCAGAGCACUGGAGUCCACAGUCAGGCUGAAGGCUUGUACAGCUGUUGUGACCCCCCUGCUGCAGAGGGGCAGGGCGGCUGGGUGGGCACCACCGCUGGCCAGGGCCUGGUGGCGGUGGACACGAGCGCGCCGGCCCCUGCUCCGCCGGGGAACGAGCCCGAGCUGGUCCCCUCGAGCCAGGGCAGCCCCGUCCCGACCGGGAGGGUGUGGCCGAGAGACCUGGCCGGCCGCGGAGAAGGUGCCCCAGAGAUACAGGAGGAUUCGGCCGCCGCCAAGUUCUCCUCCCUGCUCUUCGGGGCGCUGUUGGGUCAACCGAAGGAGACCUCCGCGGCAGAGCCACCUCCUCUGGUGUACGCCAGUGACCACGAGGAAUAGCCAGCAGAGGACAAGACCCAGCCCCCUGUCCAUCCUGACAGCACGCGCGCCUCAAGCAGUCCACACUGGCUGAGUGACACAGGACUGUACAUCUCGCAUCUUGUUGAUGCAUUGGGUUUUUGGUGGGCUGCUGGUACAUUACUGGUCAGGCUGGGAAGGGUCUUUCAGAUUUAAGUCACAACACUCUUCUUUUUGCUGAAAGCUGUGUCUGCAAAUCCAGUUCUGGGCCAGAAGACAAAGGCUGACAUUUCUGACAAAGUUAAACUAUGAUGUGCUAGGAAAUCUUUUGGAAAACUCUGUGGGUCUCGGCUGGAGUUUUCCGAAACCAGUAGUGCUGGAGAUUUUUGUUACUGUUUUUAUUGGCUGGCAUUAUAAAAUAGAGCACACCAGUUCCCAGAGAGGCUCAGUUACAGUUACAGUCUUGGGCAGAAAUGGCUUUCCUUUUGAAAAGUUCCGCACAAAUGGUUCAGUGUUAAUGAAACCAAGACUGUGCUUUGUUGUACGAAAGCUGGUAGUUUCCAGGUCAGUGACUUGUAAACAUUCUUGGUGGCAAAGCUAAAUGUGUAAGAGACACAAGUGAUUGCACUAAAAUAAUCCCCUUGUUAAACAUCUUGACAAGAACUAUUGGCACAAACACUAGUUGCUAUUGACAAACAUUGUCUGCAGUGUACUUUUAUAUAUAUAUAUAUCACUUUCUUGGCCUGGUCCCUCCGGGGAUAGAAACAAGCUCUCUAUACAUAGCUCUGUAAUUAAGCACCACACCAUUAGGUGAGUAUAUUGGCAGACAUUGUAAUUAAUUCUUAGACAGAGUCAUAAUUGCCUGUUUCCAACCAAAUCCAGUUUCUAACCUCUGAAGCGAUAGUCUAGACCACGAUGAUUUCUCACUUUUGUGUUAACAACAUGGCCAAAAUGGCAACCAUCUGCAGAAAGGAGCUGUUGCCUGCGAAAACGUCUUCCAAUUUUCUCAACUAAUAGUGUUGUUUAUGUUGUUGUUUCUGUUACUUCUGUUGUACCAACAGCAUGCAAUUUAAAAAAAUAAUUUAUCAGUUAAAAUAAAUUUUGAAUAUGAGCAUUAUCCGAUGACUCUUAAAAAUUGUGGCAAAUUCAUGAAGGUUCAGCUAAAUGAAUGGUUCAGCCCACCGACAGAAGUGUUUGCUUGAACACAGUACUUUGUGUUUCAGAAGACUUACACCCAAGGUAGUUCACAAUUGCAAGAGAAAUUCUGUAGGUUCUGUCAGUUCAACCCUUGUGUAGAACUUACAUAAAGUCUUGAAAUCGUCA